AUGAGGCUCAGAACAGACACACACACCUGUCAGCCGACACACCUGCCCUGCACUCAACAAGUUGCACUUCCUGCUCUACAGCUCCAGGCUACCAUCCAGAUGUCGCUGUGCAUGACCUCACAUUUCUGCCUGCUGGUCCUUCCAGUGACAUCACUCCUGCUACUCUUCUCUCCCAUUGGUUGGAGCGUUGAUGGCCCCACCCCAGGGUGUCACUUACACCCCUUCAAUGUGACCAUCCGCAGUGAUCGUCGGGGGACAUGCAAAGGCACCCACCUGGUCUAUGCAUGUGUGGGCUACUGCGAGUCCAGCGCCUUCCCCUCCAGGUACUCAGUGCUGGUGGCAUCAAACUUCACCCACAACAUCACCUCCGCGUCUAGAUGCUGCACCAUCAGCAAGGAUGCUAAAGUCAAAGUACGUCUGGACUGUCCUCGAGGUCGUCACCAUGAAGAAAUGGAGAUCCUAACAGCGAAGGCCUGCCGCUGUGACAUGUGCCGCAAAUCUCGCUACUGACACUGCACGACAGUCCACUGCAUACCCAACAUACCCCAGGAUAAGAACCACAUUAUUACUCAGUCAGAUGAGCGGUACAAAGAGAUACAAGAGUCCAAGUGAUGCAGCAGAAACAAAACCUUCUUCAAAUCCAGCUUUAGAGAAAAAAAAACCUUCGAACAAGUUACUGUCAAUGUGAGUGUGUUUGUGUUAG